AUGGCAGAUUUUGAUCCCACCUCUGUCGACCUCGACACGGCUGACCCAGCCCAAAUCAUCUGCUACUUGAAUGCCGGAGGCAAUGAUUACAAUGGCCACCUGGGAGCACGCAUCUCGUCCAUUUUCGUGAUCCUCGUCUGUUCCACCCUGGCAACCCUCUUCCCCGUCGUCGCGCGUCGCACACCGCGCCUCAAGAUCCCCGUGUACGUCUACCUGUUUGCGCGCUACUUUGGCACCGGAGUCAUCUUGGCUACUGCAUUUGUUCAUUUGCUCGAUCCUGCUUAUCGGGAGAUCGGUCCUGCUUCGUGUGUCGGAAUGACGGGCAACUGGGCAGAGUACUCGUGGCCACCGGCCAUUGUCCUGACCUCUAUUGUGGUUAUUUUCCUGAUGGAUUUCGUUGCCGAGCUCUACGUAGAGUCCAAAUAUGGAGUGAACAACGAGGCCAAUAACAUGACAGGACGAGCCUCGAUUGUCCAAGAACAUGACCACCCUCUGCCAGAGGAUACCGAUGCGGCCAACAACCGAAAAGUAGCCGAAACCAACAACACAACCAAGAACUGGGACUCAUGGAGCGACAUGGACUCCGUCACCGCCGAAAAAUCAUUCAAGCAACAAAUCGCCGCGUUCAUCAUCCUCGAGUUUGGCGUCAUUUUCCACUCUGUGAUCAUCGGACUCAACCUGGGUGUUGCUGGCGAUGAAUUCAAGACGUUGUACCCCGUCAUCGUCUUCCAUCAGAGUUUCGAAGGUCUUGGAAUCGGCGCCAGAAUGUCCGCCAUCCCCUUCAAGCGUGGUAGUUGGUUGCCCUGGAUCUUCAGCGCAGUGUAUGGUCUGACAACACCCAUCGCAAUCGCAAUCGGCCUCGGACUGCGAGAGACGUACAACCCCGGUUCCAACACGGCUAAUAUCGUGUCUGGUGUCUUUGACUCUGUUUCAGCUGGUAUUCUGAUUUAUACUGCUCUUGUGGAAUUGUUGGCUAGGGAUUUCUUGUUUGAUCCUUGCAGGACUAAUGAUCGACGCCGGUUGGCUUUCAUGGUUAUCAGCACGAUCGUGGGAGCAGGUGUCAUGGCGCUUUUGGGUAAAUGGGCGUAG